ACCUUCUCAUCUCUUAAUUCCGAUUGGCUGCGAUCACAGUGCUGCUGAUGUGGUGUUCCGAAGUUAGCAAUCCCCAACAGCUGAUUCAAACACAUUCUUUAGGUUGAUAGAAACUUUGCUUUAUUAUAAAUAAUGCCUUACUAUCAGACUUGGGAGGAGUUUGCCCGCGCAGCAGAAAAACUAUACCUGACAGAUCCCAUGAAGGUGAGAGUGGUUUUAAAGUAUCGACACUGCGACGGAAACCUCUGCAUUAAAGUGACCGACAAUGCCGUGUGUUUACAAUACAAGACAGAUCAGGCCCAGGAUGUGAAGAAGAUCGAGAAGCUGCACGGAAAACUGAUGAGACUCAUGGUGUCAAAAGAGACGCACAGUGGUGCCAUGGAGACGGACUAAAAAGCACUGGUCUUUUAGAUCACCUGGACUGAGUUCAGUGGAUAUAGAUUGAGAUAACAGAACCAUCAGAGUUAUUUGGAGUCUAAGAGAUGGGAUUGAUCUGGCUGCCUUAAUUCAUGUAAUACUACCAGAGAGGUGAUAUCUACUUAUACUGUAUAUAUUUUAGUCUCUCGUGAUUUUUGAUGAGUUUCUUGUGACACAUUCUUAGUCAGCCUAAUUUUCUUAUUUUGUCAGCCUCUGUAAUCAUGUUCCUGAUGGUAAUCAUUUAAGUAAUGUCAGUGUAGAAUAGAAAUGGAAGGAAGGAAGGUUCAGACGAGCUAUUUUGGACAAUUUCAGCAACUGGAUUCCAUUUGGUUUUCGUCACUGACUUGCGCCAUGUGGUGUGGAGAAAACUCUAGUUUCUAUGGAUAACCCCCCACAGCUCCAAAUGCCAUUUAAUUUAGUGAGGAUAAUUGUGUUACAUGUUCAGUAAAUGUUUAUUUACCCCAGUGUUGCAUAAAUCUCUUCUGUAUUCAUCUUAAUUGUGUUUAACAGUCAUCCAUAAAUGCAUGAUUUUUCUCAGCAGAA